GGAGGCAGUAUUGAUGCUGUUGCUGAUGCUGUUGCCCGGCGCCUGUAUCCGUGCAGCCAGAUAGGGGUAACCGUAUCCACCGGUCCACCAUCAGCACCAGAGAAGACAGGGACAGAGGGGGGUAAGUCUGCAUCUGAAAACACACAUCUACACACACAUGUGCAUGUUCCUCAUGUCCGCCUGAGUUCUCUCAGUUUAGAUCUGCAUGAAUCUGGACGUGUGUGCGUGUGUUGGCGGGGUGUGAUGGGGCGAGGGUGAGGAUAGUGAUGAUGCGGCGGUUCCUGCUGACACACGAAAAGGAGGAAGAAGAAGGAGAGCGAGGGUUAGAACUCGAUGUACCCGCAACCCGUACGGUGUGUAAUCUGUGUCAUUUAUUAUUGAUCCUCCUUAUGAGCAGAUGCAGCUUUGUGUCUGCUCUUGGGAUGGAGAGAGAGAGGAGAAGAGGUUGGUGGAGGAGAACAUGGGCGUUUUUUUUUCUUCAUGUUCUCGCAGGAAAAUGGGUGACGGAGCAGGAAGACAGGAGAGAUGGAGAAAGAUGUAGAAAAAAAGAGAAGAAAAACAGAAUUCAACCUGUGAUGUUUGGAGUUUUUUUUGACGUUUAUAAUCAUGUGGGCCUUGUCCUUUUUUAUCUGAGUAAAAAGAAAGAAAACUAAAUGUGCAAACUCAGUCGAAACAGCUCCAGACAAACGUUCGAUUUUACUAAUUCUUCCCUGAAGUUUGGUGCAGAUUAUAAAUUCUCUCAGAAUAUUUUUAUGACAAGAAAACUGUGUCAACUCAAGUCCUAAAGCGACGGUAGGGUUUCUAUUCUGUUUGUUAUUCACGCAGGAUGAAAAUGCAUCUAAGUACUACAUGUACUACAGUUCCCAUGGAAACAGAGUCAAAUAUGAGGAUCCUAUUUUCAUUCUGUCCUUUGAAAACUGGAGGUACAUUUAUAGCGCUGAAGAUAAAAUGCAUCAGAGAACAAAGUGAUGUCUCACAGCGCCGCAACGCCAGUGUUUAAAAUUAGAGUUAAAAGUCGGUGUUUUAUCUGCUUCAUAAUCUGGACGAUAAAACAGACUUUUUCUGUCUGUGUUUUGGCGCUGACAUAAACCUCCGUCUCUGUGGUGUUGUUAAAAUCGACAUAAGUCACUGAAUUUGCUGACUCUCUUUCUCUAACCCCGCCCUGUUCCCUCCAAACGCUCUCAUUAGGUUAAUUUGAAAUUUGCUCCUUGAAGUGAACCUGCAGAAAUAUCCUGAGUAAGUACAGCCUGACUCUCUCUCUCUCUCUCUCAAUGACAGCUGGUUCAUGCUGUCCUUGCUCAGAACAAGGCUCCCUAUAUUAUCUUCCUCUUAAGCUAAGCUAACAGACUGAUGCAUUCAGCUUUACCACACUGAACCAAAGAAGACCCAGACCAAAAUUGACAGGUCAAAACACUAGAAAUAUAUUUAUAUGCUGAGACUCUGACACUGAGGACAAGAUGAACUGGAGGCAGUGCUGGGUUUAAUGACACCUGGGCGGUGGAGUCAACGAGACACAGGUGAGACUAAUCAGGGGAGAGAGUCGAUGAACCUGAAAUAAGAGACAAGAGACAAGAGUGAGUUUCAAAAUAAAACAGGAAACACAAGACAAAAAAAAACUUAACUAAUCAGGAGAUGUGACACAAAAGCAACAGUCAACAUCGGACCAACUCCAAUCUGAGAUGCAACACUCACUUUAUGUGAUAUUUGUACUGAUUUGUAAACAAGUGCACAUGACUGUACGGUUUCCCAACAUUUAGGAAACUUAAGAGAACCCAAACCAAAAUUAAAAGUCAUAAUUAAGUCUGUUACUGUCAGUCAUUUCCUAAACCACGAUCCAAACAUCCCUCUUUUCCUCCUCUCUCUCUCUAAAUCGACACACGAGUAACAGACCCUCCUCCUCCUCCUGCAGGGAGGCCGAGCAUUGAUCUGCAACCUGGGCGGUUUGAUAAGACGAGACGCAGAUACGAAGGCUUUGUGUGUGUGUGUGCAGUCGUGCUUUAAGUGUGGCAAAGCAGUGUUACUACUGCCUGAUAAAGUGUGUGCACGGCUGUAUUUUAAAGCCUGAUCAUCCUCACUGACAUGGGUCGUCUCAUUAGUGCGUGUCUCUCCCUGUCAGGUACUCACAACUCUUUGACAUCUAAACUUGAUAAAACGAUUUAUUAACAGAGAGAGAGAGACAGAGAGAGAGAGGUAUUGAUUGCUGAUUAUCGAUCGAUCCUGAUGUUUUGUAAUAUCCCCAUGCUGCUUCAUGACUGAUCAUUAAAAUAAAUCUGUUUGACUUUCUCUAGCUGUGAGGUGUAUUAGCCCUCUAGAUUGAUAAAAAUGCACAGAUAAACAUCAUCUACUGACACAUGAUCCUAAAUCUGAAUCAUCCAGAGAGAAUUUUAGUUGAUGUCUCUACGACUGAAACAUGAUUUGAGUCGCAGGAAGGAGGUUAAACUCGACUCAGUGUGAAAACAGUUAGCCUGAUUUUCUCCAAACUUUCAAAUCAUACAAAAUUGAACCAAAAUGUUUGUUUUUUGUUCGUUCAGUCAGUGCAGAUACACUCAAAUGUGAACAGAAUCUCUAUUUAGUUUUAGCAGACCUUCCUCUCUCUUUGUGUUUAUGCAUGAAGAACGUUUUAACAAUGUAGAGGUUGCAUGUCUGAUGUUAAUUUCAUAUCUAGUAUUUCCCCACUGCCUGUUUUCCACAAUCCCUGAUUCUGGUGUUUGUUCCCCCUGAUGAAAGAGUGUUUAUGAAACCCGAUCCCAGAAUUGAAGCAAAACUUAAUUAGCAUGUUAAAAAAAAGGUCAACAGACUGUGUGAGACCUCCUCUGGGUUCUCACCAGAUAAAAUCAUCCAAUUAGCCGAUGCCGAGUAUUCAAGUAUUUAAAUUUGUUUAGUAAAUGUUGUUCUGAUUUACCCUGAGAAGCAAAUCAGAACAUUUGCUGUGUCACUGAGUGAAUCGAAUCUGUUUAUAUGCAGGUAAAGAUACUGCAGGUGCAAUUCUGUGUGGUUUAAUACGCCUCGGUUGCAUACAGAAUUAUUGCUUUAACUUUAACUGUUAGUGCAGUAAAGGGAUUGAAACACAUGCUUGGAUUAUAUAAGAGGUUUUAAGACCUUAAUUGCUCAUUAAAAGGAAGUUUGCAACCUAAAUGAUUGGCAGAAACUACCCAUGAGUACAAAUAUCAGUUGAAGUUGUGCAAAAAUAGAUAUAGAAGUUCAUGUUUGCAAAGAGCAGUAAAAGAAAUUAAGUCCUCUAUAUAUUUAAAGUGAAAAAUCAUCCCUUUAAAGAGAGUUUAAUAUCUAUUUUUGUCCUACUUUUGCACCAUUUCGCAAUGCUGCUCUCUCAUUGGUUGAAAUAAGCCUUAAUGGGAGGUGCACUGGUGUCCUGCAGCUCUGGGGUGUUGGUCAUUCUCUCCUUCUGACCUUUGAAUCUGCUUUAAUCAUCUCCUCCUCUUUGUGUCUGCAUGUGUCUCCUUCUCGCAGACUGAGUCGGAUCUUCAGCAUCCCUGGAGAGUUACACACACACACGCAGCGAGAAGAUGACUCUGGCAGGUAAAUGCAGCCUCAGCGAAAAAGUGGCGCACACUCACCUCACCAGCAGUGAUGCAGCGUGGACGCAGGGGAGCAAUUUUAUCAUCUGAAGCACGUUAUCAUGACAUUAUGAUGAGGUUUUAUCAUAACACGGUGAUAAUGUCUCAUCAGUGCCACUAAAAAAAGGGAGAAUUACUGCAUUAGUUUUGCUCAUCGUUCAGAUAGAGUCAAUACAAUGUCAAGUCUAAUAUAACAAACGUGUGUGUUUUUGUGUCCUCAGCCUAUAAAGAGAAGGUCAAAGAGCUCCCCCUGGUGUCUCUCUUCUGUUCCUGCCUAAACCCUCAGACUGCAGACAAACCAACAUACAAGGCAGAAGGUAAAUCACACACAGAGAAAAAUAUGCAAACUGUUUUAAGAACUUUGUCAUGAUGAUAGAAAUCCUGCAGAGAUGUGUCGGAAUAAAACAGAUUGUUUAAGAAAUAGAGAGAAAGACAGAAAAGUUGUUCUUGGCUUUCAUUCUUCAAUAUAACAACCUAAAGGGAUAUUCUGGCGUAAAAUUAAUUUAUGGUCAAACACACCAUAACACUGAGUUAGACACCCCUUUGAGAGAUGAAUGUUGCCUAGCGGUUGGGUGCGCCACUCUAUAGCCACAAAUAAUGCUCAGAACAGCACCUAACUUCAUCAACAGGACAUAUAGGGUCCUAACCAUAGUACUAGCCACCAAACAUCUUUGCCUGGUUUAUUCAGUGAAGCGACUAAACACAAUUCACCUACUCCCCUCCAGCAGCUGCUUGUUUGUAACAAGACCUCAGGCCAGUCCAUUACGGACUACAGCGGGGUGACGCAGCACAAGGAAGAACAUUUAUGAUCAUUUCUUCAUGUUAUCAGACUGAGAUGCUAAGGCAGAAGAACUACCGCGUCUGCAGUGCAAAAUGAUCAUUACGAUGACUAUUACUUCAAGGAAAUGAAAAAGAAAUGAUCAUAAAUGUUCUUCCAUGAGCUGCGUCACCCCGCUGUAGUCGAUGGACUCACCCGGAGGUCUCUGUACAAACAAGCAGCUGCUGGAAGACAGCUAGUACUAUGGCUGGAACCCUAUAUGUCCUGUUGAUGAAGUUAGAUGCUGUUCUGAGUAUUAUUUGUGGCUAUAGAGUGGCGCUUUGAUUGAGCGCGUGGCUCUCUGUAUUGCUAUCCUGCGGCUGUUACUAAAGUUGGUAUAACUAGAGAAGCAAACAGUCGGCAAGAUUCAUCUCUCGAGGGGGUGUCUAACUUGGUCUUAUGCUGUGUUUGACCCUCAAUUAUUUUACCCCGGAAUAUCCCUUUAACGCUCGAUACAUCUAAGCUAACAGCUUCUCAUAAACAUUAGCAUUAGCAACACUAGCAUCAGCAUGGCACUUUGGGCAAACACAUCAUAAACUCUGUAGACCAGCUCUAUAUGUGAUAACCUUAUCACGUGCAUUUAUACAUAUAUAUAUGGUUACGAAAACACAUGAAAAGGGUUGUGUACAGUUUUGUUUACUUAUAUUACCAGACACAUCGUUGCUGGCUUCCAUUCCGUAGUGUAAUGAAGAGCCGUAAGCUACAUGCUCCCCCUGCUGGCUAAAACCGGAAAUGUCUGGCACUAUCAAAAUAGGCCAUCUCAAAUAUAAACUUGCACUUUACUAUUUAAUAUUCUUUAAAGAUGAACUUAACUUUCUACAGUUCAGACUCUUUUAACAUUUAUUAUUUUUUUUAUGAUUUAAAUAUCAUUAUCAAUAUUGUCUUUUAUAUUUACUAUCCUGUUUCCUGUUUUCUACCCCUCUUUUUUAUUACAUUUCUCUUUUCUCAACUAUUUUAUGUUUUUAUUUUGGUCCUCAUGGUCUCAUUUUAUGUUGUUUGGUUCUUGUAUUGUCUCGGUUCCUUAUGACAAAUGAAACUGGCCUUCAAUUCAGAGGCAUUGUUUUUAACUGAGCUUUUGUUUUUUAUUUGUGUUUAUUUCCGUGUGCUGAUGUUCUGAGCUUUAUGACUGUUUGUCAACGCACUUUGUAAACUUCUGUGUGCUAUAAAAUGAAUUUAUUAUUAUUAUUGUAACACUUAACAUCCACAUUAUUCAACAACCAUGUGGAUGAAGUAAAAGUAGAAGAACCAUGAUAUUUAUUAGUAAAGAUUUACUCCAUAACCUUCUCAGUGUAAUCUGUAAAUAUCCUCCACAUUGUGCUUUUUCAUCUCCACAUGAAUUGUGAACGAAUAACCAAAAUACAUCCUCGAUCCAACCCCACAGAUGCGGUGGACCUUGGCUGGUGUGUCAUCAAAGAUGUGGAGGUGAUUGAGAUAAACAAACGGGCUUCAGGCCAAGCCUUCGAGGUCAUCCUUAAGCCCCCGUCCUUUGACGGCGUGCCAGAGCUCAAUACCUCUAUGCCACAGCGCCGUGACCCGUCCCUGGAGGAGAUCCAGAAGAAGCUGGAAGCUGCUGAGGAGAGGCGGAAGGUGCGUGGAGAGGGGAUGGGGGUUAAGAUUUUUGCAGCUGCAUACCUAGAAGUGGACCGGUAACCUUAACCCGUGCUAUUUGUAGUCCAUUCAGACUUUGUCAACAUGUGACAGCACUCAUUGUGGGAAGCAUGAUUUAUCAAUCCGGGGAGAGGGGGGUGGUGGAAGUGGAUGAAAGAGAAAGAAGAGGGAGGAAUGGACAGGAGUUGAUGGAGAGGAGGGGAGGAAACACAGGCAGAGGGAGGAUGGGAGGAUAAAAAGACGGACAUGAAAGCGGAGAGGCAACCAUGCAAGGACACAAAGGCUCAUAUUCAUCAAGCAAAGACAGGGAGGAGGGAGGGUAAGGUGAAAGACGAGAUUGGAAGAUCGGCCAGCUGUUAAGAUUUUGAUAAAAAAAAGAGACCUAGAUUCACACCAAGUGGGAGGAAGAGUAAAAGCAGCUUAGAGGCCCGACUAAAACCCUGAGACACUGAACCGUACCCUAACCCCAAACAUGACCCUCUGUUAAUGGAGCAUGUAAGGUGCUAAUGGUCUGUUGUGAUCCACCCCCGUACCCUUUUGACCUCCUGCAGACCCUGAGAUUAAAACACUGCUGCUAAUUUCCCCUCUCCAUUGUUUGAGGUUAAACUAGAACUCCUGUUGUGUUUACUAAAACCGCUCUCUGUCGCCAUCUAGUGCCAGGAGGCCGAGCUGCUGAAGCACCUGGCCGAGAAGAGGGAGCACGAGCGCGAGGUGAUCCAGAAGGCCUUCGAGGAGAACAACAACUUCAUCAAGCACGCCAAGGAGAAGCUGGAGCAGAAGAUGGAGGCCAACAAGGAGAACAGGGAGGCCCUGCUGGCUGCCAUGCUGGAGAGGCUGCAGGAGAAGGUACUGUCCAGGACCUCCACAUGAUCAUACCUGACUUUCCUGGAGGUCCUGCAAAAGUUUUUCUAUUUAAUUAUAGAGCUGUUUGAUUGGUUGUUGCAUAGCAACAGCUCAUAGCAAAACAGGCAGAAUCCUCGAGCAGAACCAGAGUUAUGUUAGACAGUCAUCUGCUGAGGGUUUAGAGAGGGAAGCUGGACAGUACAGUAGGUCAAGACUUCUCACAGGUUUGAUCAUUAAGUGUGAAUAUUAAACAUAAAUAAAUAUGGAAUAAUAGUUUAUAGAAUAAAAUAAAAUAAAUAAAAUAAAAUAUAAAAUAAAAUUUAAUUUAAUUAAAAAAUAGAAUAAAAAUAACAAUAAAUUAAAAAAAUAAUUAAAGAAAAAAUAAAAUUUAAUUAAAUCAAAAAAUAAAAUAAAAUAAAAAAAUCAAAAUAAAAUAAAAAUGAAUAAAUAAAAUAAAUUAAAUUAAAAAUGAAAUAAAAAAUAAAAUAAAUUUAAAAAAUUAAUUUGAAUAAUAAAUAAUUAAAUUAAAUUAAAUUGAAAAUUAAAUUAAAUCAAAAAUAAAAUAAAAUUUAAAAAAUCAAUUCAUUUAAAUAAUUAAAUAAAAAAUAGAUUAAAAAAAUUGAUUAAAUUAAAGAAUUGUGAAUAUUACCUGAGGUGGGAAAUACAUCUACCUCUCCAUUUAUGUUUCCUGUUUAACUUUCAAUGAAAUGCUUUGUUCUGCUUACUUCUUGCUAUUUUAAUGUUAAUAUAUAUUCAUGAUUAACCAAUGACUCUCCUGUUGCUUUGUCUCUGUGUUCAUCUCGCAGGACAAACACGCAGAAGAAGUGAGGAAGAACAAGGAGAUGAAGGAGGAAGCCUGCCGGUAGACGAGUGCAGUGAUGGAAGAUUAAAAAAGAAGAUAAAAAAAAGGUGGACUGGGGAAAAAAGGAAAGAAGCUGAAACAGAGCAGGAAAAAACUCAAAAAGUCAAAUUUUCAUAUUAAAUGUAAGAAUUAUGAAUUCUUCCUUCUUCUGAAUCUAAAUCUUUACCUCGUAAAACAUGAAAAAACUUUGCUUGUUGAAUUACACACAAAUCUAAUUUGACGGUCCACAAUCUUAAUUCAAGUCAAACCCGAGAGUUUUAAUUUACAGAAAAGAUGCCCCCCGCCCCGGCGCCUUCAUGCUUAUUUUGAGUUUUGGAAAGUAUGUGUGUGCUCUAAGUGAAUCCCUUAUUAUGGUUUAUAGAGAUAAAAUGGAGCGUCAGGCUUUUGUUUCUGUCAGCAAAAGAAACAAGAAGCUUUAAAGAGGAGGAGGAGGAGGAAGCUUUGCUCUUUGUGAAACUUUAACUCGUAGUGUAGUCGUAGAUCAGUGACAUGCAUUUGAGACUCUUAGAUUUAGAGCACUGAUUGCACUCUUUUUUCAUUAAGCACAACUCAAAAGCACACAUGCAAACAUGAGGAGCUGUUAACAUGUACAGACUAAACAAUAAUAACGUCACAGGAUUUGAACGUAUUCGGCUCUGAGGGGGUGAGUUUGGGGGUUUCUGGCUAAACCAGCAGUCUCCCUUCGCUUUGGCAUGUGUCACAAGUGUCCGUUUUUGAUUUCUAAGGGAGGUGAAACACAUUCGAGGAACAGGCCGGGGAAAUUCGCUCGAGUUGUUGAGUCAUACUGACUUCAUUGAAAAAAGUUGCACUGUAACAGAGAGGUCGGAUCAUGGGGUUUGUACUUGCUGUAAUUGUGUGUUGCUGUGUAUCCUAAGAGCAGGAUUGAUUGUUAUUAUUUGGCAUGGUCAGUAAAAACAGCUUGACUGAUAAAAC